UUCUAUAAACCGAGCUGUGGUGUUGCCUAAAAUGCAGCAUAAAAUGUGCACAUUUUUUUCUCGAGUUAAAAUGUGCACAUUUUAGCACGUACUACUACAGUACAGUAUAUGUGUGUCAUCCCGAAUUGUCUGACGAGCUCACGGACGAAGCAAACAGAAUACAUAAUUUUGAAUGAUUAUGCCCCCCAUCUCGCAAAAAAAAAUGAUUAUGCCCCGCAAAAAGAAAAAGAAAAACUUUGAAUGAUUACGACCAUGUGUUCAGAAUCUGAACGCUUGCGCUCCAAAAUUCCGUUUACAUAAGGUAAAUACCGGCAUUUAGACAUAAUCAAAAAACUUGUAUAAAUAUGGAGUAUUGACAAUUUUUAGCACGAAUCACGGCAACCCCUAUAAAUUCACUCGCCAUGCCUCAGACGUUACUCCGCAGCAUCAAGCAGCUAGCCAUAUCUCGUCUCUCUCGUCUCACUCCUCUGUUUCUUUCCCGUCGACCACAGAGUGACAUUGAGGUUGCAAUCCAGCUAGAAGGCCAUCCUACAGUCUGCAGCAUUGCCAUGGACGCCACAAAGACAGCAGCCAAGGCUGUGGCGGCAGGAAACGGCGACGGAGACGCCGCUCCGUCCGCCGCACCGAAGCCGGUGCCUCGGCAGGAGGAGCCGCUGCCAGGAGACGCGGCCGACCCGGCGCCUGCGAAGGCAACGACGAGCGCUACUGUCGCGGAGAGCGGCGUGGAGGACGAGCAGGUGGAGAGGUUCUACGCGCUGCUGGCCAACAUCCGGGCCAUGAGGGGCAUGAACGAGAGCGGGAGCGACGAUGCCGGCGCGAGCUCGGAGGGUGCCAGCGAGGUCUGCGGCGGCGGGAGGAAGCGCGCGCGCUGGGCAGAGCCGCCUUGGAGGCCGGCGUUCAGGAUGGAGGACUUCGAGGACGCCAGCGCGUCCAAGAAGGACAUGAAGGACGACGGUGCCGCCAGCCAUCGGCGCCCGGGCAAGGAGACCAAGGACGAGGAUGGCGGGAAGGAGGACGACGUGGCACGGAAUGGCCGUGGAGUCGUCACGCCGUCCCCAGAGAGGAAAGUUUGACUCUCUAUCGCCUUGUCGCUGAUACUGGCUGCGCGCGAAACACGUGUGGUCACGUGUUCUCCGUGGGCGCGUCGUCGGUGGGUCACGGAGGAAAGCUCCAUAUGCUUGCGCUUAUGCCAUGUCCAGCGACACAUUUUAAGCGUCUUACCUGCUGUUGAAAAUAAUUUUAUAAAUGUUCAAGCCCACGGGUACAUGGACACAUGUGCGUUUCUUCCCGGAAUAAAACUUGCCCUGGUUCAUCAGCAAAGCUAAAAUCUUUAUACUGCACGCAGAAAAGAUGUACCCACGCUAAGGAAUCCGAUGCCACUGCAGGGCAAUGCCGCUAGAGGUUAUAUCUGCGGUCUUUCUUCACUGGAUCAGAGUGUAAUUCGUUUUCGUGUACCUGACGAAUCGUAUGAAUAUCAUGGCUUCGGCGAGUUAGAUGCUAUGAUGAUACGAA